CCCUCCCCCGGAUUUGAUCGUUUGACCCGGAAGUGGCCGAGCCGCUCGAGGACCGGCUGAUUCAUUGGCGACAAGCGAGAGUGAGAUAUGGAUCGACUUCUGCGACUGGGAGGUGGUAUGCCUGGGCUUGGACAGGGCCCACCAACUGAUGCCCCAGCUGUGGAUACAGCCGAACAGGUUUAUAUAUCUUCUCUUGCUUUGCUGAAGAUGUUGAAACACGGACGGGCUGGUGUACCAAUGGAAGUGAUGGGCCUGAUGCUGGGUGAAUUUGUUGAUGACUACACAGUUCGUGUUAUUGACGUAUUUGCUAUGCCUCAGUCUGGCACGGGUGUUAGUGUUGAAGCAGUUGAUCCUGUUUUCCAAGCCAAAAUGCUGGACAUGUUGAAACAGACAGGAAGACCUGAAAUGGUUGUUGGCUGGUACCAUAGUCACCCUGGCUUUGGAUGCUGGCUUUCAGGAGUUGACAUCAACACUCAGCAGAGCUUUGAAGCCCUGUCGGAGCGAGCUGUUGCCGUAGUAGUGGAUCCUAUUCAGAGUGUAAAGGGGAAGGUUGUUAUUGAUGCCUUUAGACUGAUUAAUGCUAACAUGAUGGUUUUAGGACAUGAGCCGAGGCAAACAACUUCAAAUCUUGGUCAUCUCAACAAACCAUCUAUCCAGGCUUUGAUUCAUGGAUUAAACAGACACUACUACUCUAUCACCAUCAAUUAUCGGAAAAAUGAACUUGAGCAAAAGAUGUUGUUGAACUUGCAUAAGAAAAGCUGGAUGGAGGGUCUAACACUUCAGGACUACAGUGAGCAUUGUAAACUUAAUGAAACUGUUGUCAAAGAAAUGCUGGACUUGGCAAAGAAUUACAACAAGGCAGUAGAGGAGGAGGAUAAAAUGACUCCAGAACAACUGGCAAUUAAAAAUGUUGGGAAACAAGAUCCAAAACGCCAUUUGGAAGAGCAUGUGGAUGUUGUGAUGACUUCAAAUAUUGUGCAGUGCCUAGCAGCCAUGUUGGAUACAGUUGUAUUUAAAUAAGAACUAAAAUGCUAUAAAGUACGAAUGAAUUGUUUUUUUUAAAAUUGACAUUAAUGUUUGAACGACUUGUAAUAGUGAAGUCGCUGAAGGCUUUACUUAUAAAACCUAUAGACUUGGGAGCUGUGAACAAUGAUGUCAUUGAGCAACCUAUCAUUGCUUAUUUUGAUUCCACUGUUAAGAAGAUGGAUCCUGCCUUUUUGUCUUUAUUUUCCGUGUUUAAAAAAAUGAAGAUUAAAUUUCGAAUCCCGGUUUGAUCUUAA